ACGGCUGUGAGAGGCGACGGGCGGGCAGUGAGAAGGACGGAGGAAGAGUUUGCCCUCCAUCCAUGGAGCUUCACUCCGCAGCGCAUUGACGAACAGAAAGCCACAGAAAUGAUGAGGAAUCAGGAAGUGGAGCGCAUCGCCAGGAAGCUGGAUAAAAUGGUGCAGAAGAAGAGCACGGACAGUGCUCUGGACUUGCUAAGAGAACUGAAGAACAUCAAGAUGUCUCUGGAGACACUACAGUCCACCAGAGUCGGGAUGUCGGUGAAUGCUGUGAGGAAACAAUGUUCAGAUGAAGAAGUUCAGACUUUGGCCAAAACUCUUAUCAAGUCCUGGAAGAAACUGCUGGAUGGUUCAGAGGAGAAGAAGAAAGAUGGCUCUCCUUUGAGGUCUUCAUCCACCUCCAAGGACUCUGGGAGCAGUGAAAAAAGCAGUAAAUCUUCUGGGGGGACCCCAUCCACCCCAACCUCACCAACCACCCCCACCUUCCCUCAGGUCACCUCCUUCCCCCCUGCCCCCAUCACCACAGACAUCGUGAGAAACAAAUGUCGAGAGCUGCUGGUGGCUGCGCUGCAGACGGACGAUGACCAUGAGGCCAUUGGAGUUGACUGCGAGCAUCUGGCAGCUCAAAUUGAAGAACAGAUCUUCCAAGAGUUUAAGUCGACAGACAUGAAAUACAAAACCCGCCUACGAAGUCGCAUCUCCAACCUCAAGGACCAGAAGAACCCAGACCUGCGCCGUAAUGUGCUGUGCGGAAACAUCUCGCCACAGCGCAUCGCCUGUAUGACCGCUGAGGAGAUGGCGAGUGCAGAGCUGAAGCAGAUAAGAGAGGCUCUGACAAAAGAGUCCAUCAGAGAGCAUCAGCUAUCAAAGGUUGGAGGAACUGAGACCGACAUGUUCAUUUGCAGCAAGUGUCACGGAAAGAGCUGCACGUACACGCAGGUGCAGACCCGCAGCGCUGAUGAGCCCAUGACCACCUUUGUUUUGUGUAACAGCUGUGGCAACCGAUGGAAGUUGUGUUGAAGAAAACCAGGCUGUGUUUGAAUCCAUUAAGAAGCAAACUGAAGUUACUGAAGUUGGAUUUUUUUUUUUUUUGUAUAAUUUCUUUUUACAUAUCAAACUAAAUGCUGUAAUAUAUUUGAGGAGAUAAAAGCCAGUUGAUGUUUUCCAUUGGUUGAGUUAUUGUGUAUGGCAUUGUAGAAACAGUGUGCCUUUCUUUGCCAUGAUGUGCUGAACAUAUUAAAGCUUGGAUGAAGAUCAAA